AAAAAUCUGGGACUCGAACACAGAGAGGCGGGAAUGCAGAGGAGCGUCAGAGAAGCCUACGCUUCCCAGGAGGCUCUGCGCUGACUGCCCCAGGCCUCCCGACAGGCUCCGCGCGCUUUACGCGCCAGCUUUGGCCUUAGCCCGCGAGCAACGGGGUCGUGACGGACAAUGGAAAGCAGCGACGGGGAAGCCGUCGACAAGCGCCGCGUGCACCUGCGCCCUGUUACGCUGCGCGAUCCCGCCCCCGUCUUGCUGCACCUUCUGCCCUGCGAGGUUUUGGUUAACCGACCCGCCCCCGUGGGGCUCUUCUUCACCCCGGCCAUCCGCCAGGGUCCCGACGGACUGGAAGUGUCGUUCCGGGGCCGCAGUCUACGCGGCGAGGAGGUGGUGGUGCCGCCCGGCCUCGUGGGAUAUGUGAUGAUAGAAGAGAAGGGAGAGGUGCUGCUGGGGAAGCAGGACUUCUCGGAGGGCAUGGCGGAUGACGAGCAAGAGGAGCGGGAACUGGUGGAGCCCCCGGAGGCGCUGGAGCGCGACUUCGACCGCUUUAUCGGAGCCACAGCCAGUUUCAGCAGCUUCACCCUGUGGGGCCUGGAGACUAUCCCCGGUCCCGAUGCCAAAGUGCGUGGGGCCCUAACCUGGCCCAGCCUCGCUGCAGCGAUUCACGCACAGGUACCCGAGGACUGAGAACCAGAGCUUGAAAUUGAAAGCCACCGAUCCCUUCACCCCAAUAAACCCUUCUUCACUUUGGAGCCUGAUUCCAUCACCCCAAUAAAGGAGCUCUUCACAGAACACCUUCCUUGGGAGUGAAGUGCAGACACUUGGAGUCGAUCCGAAGAAGCCGCUUGAGCAUAGCCCGUUCGUGCCCAUCCACGAUGUCCU